AUGACGUCCAACAGACAAUAUGAUCUGGUUUUGCUGGGACCGACUGGAUAUACUGGUCGUUUCUGCUCGGAACACAUUGUUCAAAACCUCCCUACCGAUCUCAAAUGGGCGAUCGCUGGUCGUUCGCCGCAAAAGAUUCAUCCCAUUGCCGAUGAGCUCAAGAAGCUCAAUGCAGAUCGGAUCCAGCCCGAUGUUCUCGCCGUGCAGCUCAACUCAGCCGAGUUAAACGACUUGGCGCAGAAGACAAGACUAAUCAUCAAUUGCGUUGGACCUUACCAUCUCUACUCAACACCGGUGGUGGAAGCCUGCGCAGCGCAUGGCACUCACUACGUCGAUGCCACUGGCGAGACGCCGUGGGUGAAGCUGAUUAUCGACAAGUACCACGAAAAAGCCAAGAGCAACGGGGCAAUUAUUAUCCCUUCAGUUGGUGUCGAAAGUGCUCCAGCAGACAUCCUGGCCUGGGCCCUGGUCAAGCACGUUCGCGAGGAAAUGGCGACUCAGACCCGUCAGAUUGACUGCUGUAUCAAAGAGAUGAAGACAUCGGGCGCCAGUGGUGGCACCUUGAACACCGUUCUCAGCAUUUUCGACUGGCUCCCCCCGAGCGAAGUGAUGAAGUCUUUGAAUCCCUUUUCACUCGCAGCAUCCGCGCCACCAAAAGAUAUCCCGAGCGAGUCCCUGAUCUCUAAGCUCAUCGGUGCUCGCUGGAUUCGUGAUCUGGGCACAGUGACUACCUCGCCCUCCGGCAUCGCCGACGUGACCAUCGUGCAUCGCAGCAGCACCUUGAUGCCCGAACUCUAUGGCAAGCGGUUCUUCUUCCGCCAAUUCUUGCACGUUCGAAACUCCCUCAUCGGCGUUGCCGUGCACGUCGGCUUCCUCGUGGGCAUCACUCUUCUCAUGAUUCCUCCUAUUCGCGCGCUGGUCCGCAGAUUCGUCUUCGCCCCAGGCCAGGGUCCUUCUUCCGAGGCGUCCAAGCACGACCGUCUCGAGUAUCACGCGGUUGCUACCGCUGAUCAGGAGGGCCCCUCUCCCAAGCGAGCCUUUGGAAAAUUCAGCUUUGACGGUGGCAUGUACCUACUGACUGGUCUGCUCCUCGCAGAAGCGGCAAUCGUUAUCCUCAAUAACGAGGAAAAGGUGAAGAAAGUUUCGCGGGGUGGUAUCGUCACAUCGGCAACUCUGGGUCAGGACUUUGUCGAUCGUCUUGAAAAGGUCGGAUGCAACAUUGACACCAAGACAUUCCAGCACUAA